GCCCUCUUUUUUGCGCAAGCGCACUAACUACAUCCGCCCGGCCGCACCUGCCGCAGGUUUCCGAUUGCUUGCUUGGGAAACUCAGGUGAGACUCGAGGCUCGGAAGUCCUGCGCUGGUAGGUGGGCGCAUGCGCACCGCGCGCUCUCGGCAGCUGGUCCGGGGCUAGUAGAGCUACCAGAUACCUUUGCCAUAUGAAGUUGAACAUGGCAGAAGAAGAGGACUAUAUGUCUGAUUCCUUCAUUAAUGUCCAACAAGACAUUAGACCAGGAUUGCCAAUGCUAAGGCAGAUCCGAGAAGCCCGUCGGAAAGAAGAAAAGCAACAGGAAGCUAAUUUGAAAAAUAGGCAGAAGAGUUUAAAAGAAGAAGAACAAGAAAGACGUGACAUUGGGUUGAAGAAUGCACUAGGCUGUGAAAACAAAGGAUUUGCCUUGCUGCAAAAGAUGGGAUAUAAAAGCGGUCAGGCCCUUGGCAAGAGUGGAGAUGGUAUUGUUGAGCCAAUCCCCCUUAACGUCAAAACAGGAAAAAGCGGCCUUGGUCAUGAGGCAUUACUGAAACGGAAAGCAGAGGAAAAACUAGAAAGUUAUAGGAGAAAGAUUCACAUGAAAAACCAAGCUGAAGAAACAGCUGCAGAGCAGUUUCGACUGCGACUUAAACAUAAGCAAGAUGAAGUGAAGCUGGAAGGGGACCUGAGAAGAAGCCAGCGAGCCUGCCAGCAGUUGGAUACACAGAAGAACAUUCAGGUUCCUAGGGAAGCAUGGUACUGGUUGGGGCUCGAAGAGGAGACUGACGAAGAGGAGGAAAAAGAGCAAGAUGAAGAUGACUAUAAAAAUGAAGACUUAAGUAUACUGGAAAAAUUACAAAUACUGACUGGUUAUUUAAGAGAAGAACAUCUGUAUUGUAUUUGGUGUGGAACAGCCUAUGAAGAUAAAGAAGACCUCUCUUCAAAUUGCCCAGGACCAACUGCCGCAGAUCACGACUAAGAUUACUCUCAAUAAGUACAAUCUUAGAAAAUGUUAUUGUUUGCUAAAAACAGAUAGUUGAGCAGUUAGAAUUCCCAAAUUAUGUCAGUAAAGAAAGAUGGCCUUUUCUAUGUUGUGUUCUUUCUGUAACUUUGGAAAUACUUUGUACUUUAUGGUUGUUCAUCAGUUUCAAGAAAAUAAUGGAAUGCUAUCUCAGAACUCAAGGGCAAUUACAAUUUAUGACUCGAUUGUGAUGCUUAUGGGGCUUAAGGACACCAAUAGGUAACUCUCUUAUUCCCCUCUUCUUUGGAACAAAUUAAGAAAUAAAACAUGGGAGUCAGAGAGAGAUCAAAAUGUCAGCUUUAUUAUCAGGGAAGCCAAAGUAGAGAGCCAGGUUGUCUUGUUUUCCUAUCAGGCUCCCUAAAAUAUCUCUCUGCCUACAUACAACUGCAGACCUCUGCCUUGCCAGAGAUAGAGCCCACCUUGGCAUUCUGAGACCAUUUAGCUUUCAAGGUGAGAGAACCCACUGGGGGCUGGGCCACACGUGCUGAGUUCCUGCUCCCAAAAUCACUCAUCAGAUGAGAGUCUUUUGAGAGGAAAUGAAUGAGGAUUCACAGAGCUUGUUCCCACACUUCUAUCUCCCAGGGAGGAAGAAAAAGUCCCUUCUGUCCAUGCGAGCAUGAGGAGGGAAAGGUAUUCCCCUUGGUAAGACCAGUAUAAGAGGCAAUGUUCCAUUAACACUACUUCAUUGACAUUACUUCAUUCUAGCCAGUUUUAGAAACAAAAUCAUUAUGAUACUUCUGGAAAAAUCAUGAGUUUUCACAACAAUGUGAACAUCCAUUGUAGGUGAUCGAUUGCAGGUUUUGGCUAGAGAAACUUAAGAAUUGGGAGUAACCUUAGAUAUCAGGUGAUCCAACUACUUACUAAAUUUGAGGGCCUUUGGAUAACAUUCCCAGCAGGUGGUAAUCCAACCUCUGCCUUUAUUUUUCUAGCCAUUGAGAGCUCACUGCCUUAAAAUAGAUUGUUCCAUUGCUGGAUAACUGUGAUUCUUUAAAGUCAUUUUUCUAAAAAUCUGCUUCCCUAUAAUUUAACCAAAUUUAGCUAAGCACAUACCAUGUGGCACACCUCUAAAGAUCUUUAGCCAAAAUUUGGCAUCAAAAAUCAUGAACUUUUUUAAAAAUUUACAAGCUCAGGUGCCUCCCCUAAUGAUUUUGAUUCAGCUGGUCUAGAAUAAUUUCUGGAUAUCUGUAUUUCUUUUGAAGUUCGAAGAAUGAGCCUGAUAAGCACCUGUGGAUGAAGAGUAGUUCUACAGGUUAGAAAUAGAGCACUGUUACAUUCUUGGGGUACAAUUUUAUAGCUCACCUUUCAGUACCAUUGAGCAAAGGAUCAACUUCCUUCCUUUUAUUAGAAACCUCACACCCAAGAACACAGCAAAAGCUAAGUUAUAUUUGAGUUAAGAUAAUCAAUAGUACAACUUGUGUCGGCCUCUGCCCUAAUAUGACCUAAUUCAUUUGUUAUCAUGUUUAGCUUGGGGAACUUUAAAAAAGGAUAAUAUGAACAUCCUACCCCAAGAGAUUCAGAUGUAAUUGGUCGGUGUGGCCUGAACAUUACUACCCUUGAUUCUGAGACUCAGCAGAGCUUGUGAAUCACCUAGUUAACUUCCAAGCCUCUGUUCUUCAUCCAGAAAAUGAAUUACUAUUUUUGUGAAUAUAAAUAUACAUAUUUAUAUAUAUAAUCUAGAGUUUAUACAGUUGGAUAAUAGUAUUUAAUAUUUACUUUUUCACUUAAAAAAUAAAAUUGAAUUAAUAGCUAAAACAAAGGAGUUCAUCUUUCCUUGGAAUUACAGUCAGAUGUGUUAUUGUCAUUUCAGCCAGUAUGCUGACAUUCAUGUAGCCAUUCCCAAAGCCACGUGGAUUGUUCUAGAUGGAACAGAGUUAGGCACCAGCUUUUUCUCCAGUUACUAACUAUUGGAACAACUUCCCACCUGCCUAGUGGCCAAGAAUAUUUUUAAGGUGUUCAUGCGUAAUUAGGCUGAGAAUGUGCAGAUAACCUUGAUGGGAUCUAGGACUCCACCAGAGUUAUAGUCUGUGUUUCCAGGUCAAGGGCUAGAACUAGGCCUACCUUGGACAGCGGGAAACAUCCCUCCAGUCUUAUCCAUCAACAAUGAAAAACACAGGCUUUCAAUAUGAGUAAAAAUUUAUUUUUAUAAAAGUCUGUUGAUAUCAUAAUGACAAUGAAAACCAAGGGAAACAAAACAUUAAAAAGAAUUUUUAAAUUUGCUUUAGUGAAUUUGAAUUUGCUUCAGUGAAAUUUAUGUGAAAUUUGAAACUUUAACUCAUGUUGUCAUUAUACUUAUAUUGUCCUGUUUAUUUUCAGUCCUAUCUAUAAUUACUUAAGUGUUUCAUUUUCUUAAUAUAAAUCCAAAACACCAGAGCUUCUAUAAGCCAAAAUAAACAGACUUUAAUGCAUGAAA